CAGAUACACAAUGGCAUUUGUCGGGAAGUUAAUGUGCUUUUUAAGUAUUUGCGCCGUCUUCAUCGUUGCUCAUAUGGUGUAUUUUUUUCCCAAAUGGACGAGGGAGUGUUGCGAAGUUGAUUUUGGCUGGAUACAUCUUACCAAUACCUCAGGCUUGCAAGAAGCUCUCAGAAUGCAGGUAUUUGGUCAGCAUCUAGUGACUGACCAUGUGGCAGGAGCAGUGGGUGCUCAUCUCACCAACAAGGACCCGAACAAGCCACUGGUGCUGUCCUUCCAUGGCUCGACUGGCACGGGCAAGAACUUCAUCGCACGCAUCAUCGCUGAGACCAUCUAUAAAGAGGGGAUGAAUAGCAGAUUUGUCCACCACUUUUCUGCCAAUAAACAUUUCCCCCACAAAAGGAAACUUGAACAGUACCAGGAUCAAUUGAGGAAUGAAGUGGAAUCGGCAGUCAAGAGUUGUUCCCGUUCCCUCUUCAUCUUUGACGAGGUAGAGGACAUGCCGGAGGGGCUUCUGGACUCCAUCAGGACCAUCCUGGAUUACAACAUCCACGUUGACGGAGUCGACUACCGGAAAACCAUCUUCAUCUUCUUAAGUAACAUAGCCGCCCGUGAGAUAAUCGCAAAAACUGCCAACCUGCUGGCCAGUAGAAGCCGGAGAGAAAUCACGCUGAAGGAGAUGGAGCAGGUCAUUGAGGUCACUGCUAAUAAGGCUUCAGGUGGUUUCCACCAAAGCCGUCUGAUCAUCAACAAUGUGGUCAGUCACUAUUUUCCAUUUCUGCCACUGGAGAAAUCACACUUGCGGAAGUGCGUACAGGUCGAGCUGCAGAAGCGAGGACCAUGGCUGCAUUUGCGGGAGGAGCUGUCGAUAAGGUCGUAUCCCACCUGCAGUUCUCCCCGGAGAUUCACGCUGGAGGAUGUGCAAACCGAGAACAAUACUCCGAAGUAA